UUUAAAAACACUAUAAUAAUUGCUACUUAUGUGUUGUGGUAAUGGGCCAACUCCGGCCUAAAUCUCAGGUCCCGCCGGGCCACCCGCGCAGAAAAACUAAUACUUGCUAAUUACGAAACAAACAACUUCAUUUGCAGGUAGUGUCUCGCAUUUAAUUCAGCGAAAUGUGUCUCGCGCCUUUAAUUAUAACGUUUUUGAAUUCAAAAUUUUAUUUUGUUUCCAUAACUAACAUCAUAAAAGUCAAGACGUCUGUGCGCUGAGACCCAAAACAUUUACGCACAAACUGAUUAACAGCACCCAGGCGUGUAGAACCACGCGAUAGAAUGACAGCGUCCUAUAGACCACAGACCAUAAACUUCUUUCUAGCUCUAACCUAUGCGGCUAUGCGGGCCAGGCUCAUUCUCUUUUCGUCACCCGUAUAUAACUUACCACCAGAGCAGUUUACUUGUAUAGAGAAGUUAAUGGCCCAAAAUAAGUUUAUAGCCUUUAAGCGCGAGCUUAAGUUAUACAAAUAAUCAGAAAAACAUUACGAGUGCGUGCAGCUGAAACCCAUCGGUAAACUGCAGAGCAGAAAUUUUAAAUUGUGAUAAAUGACUAUCAUCAAUUUAAGAAGGGCAAAUGGGUUAAUUAUUAGUCUUCUAGGCGUCUUGUUUAAGUGUUUGGCAGUUUUCUGUUAUUUCAGGUUGCCAAACUCUAUAAUGAAUAGCAAGGAAGAAAAACGCUGGCGGUUUACGUUGUUUUAAUCCCGCAAACAACACCUCGGUCGUUACCCAAGCAGAUUAUAAUGGAACAGAUAUUGUACCCGGCAGAUGACCCUUUUCGGUUGAGGAUGUAUCGCACUGCGGAGAGGUCGCAAAAGCCGUCAAAAUGCAGCUACUGUUUUCGCUUUCUUUCCAACAACUGUUUUAUGAACGGACUAUUUGGAUUGUCGCAUUUGAUCGGCUAUACGCAGUUCAUGGUUUUCAUAAUCGUUCGUGUCAUUGUUCUUGGAUCUGUAGCCGGAAGAUUAUUUUUACACGACGAAGAAAACCUAAACUGUACAGUGACCAAUGUAACCGCUAUGAUUCAAAUUUAUGGAGAUCUGUUCCAAGAAAACCAGAGCAACGACUCGCGGACGUUGCGGUUUGGCGCUGACAGAGGACAGCUGAGGAACGAAUCGAUCGCCGAAAUAAAAUCAACCUGUAUUCGGGCAGUUUACAACGGAUACAUGUCACCGCUGUGUGCUUGGCUCGUAUCUAUGUUCCCUACAAUCCUGGCAUGGCUGAUGCUCAUACCAUGGACGCCAUUUCUCGCAGGGCAAGAAUACGUCGAUUGCCGGAAAUUUCGAUGGCCAUGUCUCACUAUGUUUAUAUCCAAUUUCAUUAAAGCGAGUAUAAGGUUCAUUUUGGAAAGCUCGUUUUUAAUCGUGGUCAUAGUCGCGUUCAAAAUGUACAUCCCUAAUAUUGUGUUCUGUUAUGGGAAUGAAGUAACGUGUCGUGUGUUGGAAAGCGCCGAAAAGACUUGCUUUAUUUGGCUCUUAUGCUGCGCAAGCUUGGCGAGUAUAUUCUUAACAGCAUUAGAAAUCGUACAUAUGUGCAACAACAAGCAAGGAUAUGAUUCGGACACACAUGAGCCUUAUUAUAUAUCAGAGUUUGCAAACGAAAGAUCCAGUAUUUCAGACAACGUUUUUCGGGGAACAACAGUCGCCCGGGAAUCUAGUAGUGUAUCUGUUAAGUCACCGCUACAGAACGGUACCAGGUCAAACGGCGACUCUUCUGCCGAUCGCGUUGUUCGUAUUGAAGACACCAUUAAAGACGAAGACGAGGUCUUCUACGAAUGAACCAAAAUCUGCUCGAACUAAUUUGGCGAGUUGCGGAAACGUCGAUAGCGCAGUGUCGAUACAAAACAGAGUUAAUAACGCGAUAUAGGAUAUCCGUCGUUUUGCAUUGAUACUAAUGUGCGAAUUCGACCGUGGUAUAGCGAGAAAAGGUGGCAUACGGUCGAGCUGUUAAAAGCGCAUGUACUUCAGAGUUAAACUUAUCGAUCUUGACCUUUUUAUUUGAGGCAGUGAAAUGUACAAUGUGAAAUAUAGUAGGGUGGGGGGAGAAUAGGACAACUUUAGCACAUAAUAUCCAAAUAUCCUGAUCGUGUUUUAAACAAUUAACAACGGUUUAUGGGAGUCGUGAAAAUACGAUUUUAUAAUUCUUUGAAUGUUCUUUGUUUACGACCAAAUGAGACGAGAAAAUAUAAUAAAAAGGUGUCCCAUUUUUCCCCACCCUAUACUACACGUAUUUUAAAAAAUACAAAAACUGAUAUCUUCA